AUGGCAAGAUAUUACUGUGAGUACUGUCACUCGUACCUGACACACGACACGCUCAGCGUCAGGAAAUCGCAUCUUGUGGGAAAGAACCAUCUGCGAAUAACUGCGGACUACUACCGAAACAAGGCCAGAGACGAGAACAAAUGCAUCUUCCGGCAGAAAAAAACCCACAGACCGGCUCCAGCCCCACCUUCACGCCCACCGGACAGUCCCAAACCCGCCGCUCUGCACUGCUUGUCCAACAGCGAAAACAAGAGCGCUGCAAGACUCGCUCGCGCACACAAGAAAGAGCUGGCGCAGCCCCACACAGGCAUCCUACACAAACUCUACGAUGGCUCGCCAGGAUACUCCAAAGUCUUCAUAGACUCCAACCGGCUCGACAUAGGGGACCUGGUCAGGGCCAACAGGCUCCCGCAACGCGCCAACGCCGCCGCCGACACCGCCACACCGCAGGCGCGCACGAGAAACGAGACCGUCGCCCACAAGAACUGCACCACCACCGAAUUCUCCCUCGAGCCCCCGCGCAUCCUGACCCAGUGGAGCAGCACCGUCCCGAAAACAAGACUGUACAACGACAACGGCGGCUCGCUCAUCAAGUCGAUCGACGAGUCCAGAAAAAGAAUACUCAGACGGAAAAAGUACUGA